ACUCGCUAUUAGCAAAACUUAAAGCGGCAUAUUCACAUUGAAAGAUGUUACGUGCACACUGCGAUUAGGUAUGCAACAAAUAGCUCGAGUUCACCAUACUUUGAAGAAAUGCGUGCCACAUUGGAGCGAAGUAAACAAAACCUUUUUCGGGGUCAACAUUUUAAUUCUGAAACUGGCCGGAUUAUGGGUGCCCGACCAAGGCGAAGGUUUCGCAGAGCGCUGUUUCUACUGGUUUUAUUUCGUGGCAUUAAAUGGUUUUUCGCUGGGAAUCUUUUUGCCGUCCGAGUUCCUGUCGUUUGGACGAUCGAGACAUAGAUUGUCCGAUGUGAUUAAAAACGCGAGCGUGGCCUUCACGCAUCUACUUGGCGGUAUUAAGGUAUUAGUCUGGCUGAAGAGGAGGAAGAUUAUUCUUCGAAUGAUUGAGGAGCUUGAAGCGGAAGCUCUACAGUAUGACGAUAUUGAUGACUUUCAGCCUUUAAAAACCCUUCUAGAGGAGAAGAAGACUAAGAAUAUUACGACUAUUGGAUUUUUCGGUUUGGCCAGUUGUGUGGUGAUAACGGGAUUUUUAGGAACGACAGCGAUUAUGCUCGCCGAUUAUGAGCGUUAUGAGGAAAUCACGCUGGAUGCUAAUAAUGUUACAACGUAUAGAUACACCCAGCGAUUACCUUACUGGUCGUGGAUGCCGUUUGACUCCUCUUUAUCUCGAAGCCGGUUCUUUUGGGGUGUCGUUUACAACUGUGUCUCGCCCCUACAUCAAUGUUGGUUAAUUUCAGGAAUGGAUACUCUCUUCACCGCCCUCGUAAGCAACAUUGGAAUGCAGCUAACAAUUUUGCGGGGAGCGUUUAAAACCAUAAGAGCGAGAUCGGUCAGGUCGUUAGAGACGGUGAAUAAAAAGUACUCACGAAAUCCGGAGUUGGUCAAUGAAGUAAUGGAAAAGGAGAUGAAGAAAUGCGUUAAACACCUUCAGCUGAUUUUUGACACGUGCAAGAGGAUGGAAGAAGUUUUUACCUAUUUAACAUUGACACAAGUGAUAAUGUCCGAAAUUAUAAUCUGCACAUGUCUUUAUCUGGUUUCCUCGAUACCGAUUACCAGCAAGGCGUUCGCAACAGAACUGGUUUACUUGGUCGCUAUAGAGCUACAGAUUGGACUUUAUUGCUUUUUCGGGAAUAAGGUAACAAUAAUGGGUGAAGAUAUUUCGCUGGCCUUAUACGAGGGCGAUUGGUUAUUGGCGAACAGCUCCUUCAAGAAAAGUAUGCUAAUAACAAUGCUACGUAUGAAAAAGCCCAUCUACUUGACUAUGGGAAAAUUCUCACCAUUAACGCUGUCUACAUUCGUUACGAACACGAUUGCACGCAUCGCGCGAAAUCUUUUGUUUUUUGUAACCUUCAAACCAAGGUUUCCCAAUGUCCUGAAAUAG